UUGGACGAUCAGUUGGUCGAUCAGUUGGACGAUCAGUUGGUCGAUCAGUUGGACGAUCAGUUGGUCGAUCAGUUGGUCGAUCAGUUGGUCGAUCAGUUGGUCGAUCAGUUGGUCGACCAGUUGGUCGAUCAGUUGUUGGACGAUCAGUUGGUCGACCAGUUGGACGAUCAGUUGGUCGAUCAGUUGGUAGAUCAGUUGGACGAUCAGUUGGUCGACCAGUUGGUCAACCAGUUGGACGAUCAGUUGGUCGAUCAGUUGGUCGAUCAGUUGGUCGAUCAGUUGGACGAUCAGUUGGUCGACCAGUUGGACGAUCAGUUGCCCAACCAGUUGGUCGAUCAAUUGGUCGAUCAGUUGAUCGAUUGA